AUGAUCGAUUCUGCACAGAAGUUUUUAAAUACGGACGAUAUAUUUGAAAUAUUUAAAUAUGAUCCUGAAGAAAUUGAUAAAAUAAAGCAUCAGUCGUGUUUUAAAUUAAAAAAUGGAGAUUGUGUUGUUCGAGCUGGAAUUCAAAAUAGUAUGAAUUAUUUGAGAGAAUUAUUAAAAAGAAAAUUAGAAGAGCAAUGUUCUGCUACAAUUAGUUACCAGGAAGAAGCAAUAAAAGAUGUUAUCAAUAAAAAUCCACUGUUGCGAUCUUUGAUUGCAUGGUAUUUACAAAAUGAACAUUUGCUCAAUAAGAGUAAUGUUUCUGUUAACAAUCAUAAUAACAAUAAUUUUCAUUAUAAUAUUAGUCAGAAUACAAUUAACAUAAAUCAUAGUAAUGUGAAUAAUGUCAACAGUGAUCAAAGUAUCAAUAAUAGUUUGUUUACAUCUUCAUUUAUCGAUACUAUAACAAAUAAUAUAAUUAAAUCUGAGCAAGGCCAACGUUACAAUGAUUUCAUAAAAAAAUUUUCUAUAUUGUUAUAUACUUUAGGUCGCAAGUUAGCAUAUCAAUUUGUUAGAAUGAAUAUUGCUGGCGCUUUACAAAGUCUGACAACACUUAGUACAUUAAUGUCUAAUACUGAUAGUAUGAUAGUCGAGGGUCGAUUUCGAUUUAUUGCCUUAAAACAAUAUACAGAUUCAGUAAAUACUAAAUAUGGAUUUUGUUCUGAAGAUUGUACAGAUGUUAUAAAGAAAGUUAAAUAUGAUGUAACCACUAACUCUUUUGUUGGAUUUGUAACAAAAUUUUCUAAUGGAAUUCCAAUUUCUGAAUAUUAUAAAACUGAUUCUUAUGAACAAUUGAAAACGUGGUUUGCUAAUGUACAAAAACCAAACUUACUGAAUAUUUUCAUGUUUCAAUCAUUACCUUCACCUAGUAGUUCAACUCCAGCUUCUUCAUUUUUGAUGAACGCCUUCGGUGUUGAUGGUACCGCAUUAGCUAUGGAUAUUAUAUAUAGAUGGGUGCAUAUUUUUGAAUGUUGUUUAAAAACUCAAAUAAGGAUUAUAGGUUUCUCUACAGGUAGAUUUAUUCUUGUAUUUUGCUCUUAUCAUCAUAUACAUGAAGAAAAUUUGUUAUUUUAUAGAUGGGGACAAUAA